ACCCGAGAAGUUAAUUGAGGUCACCCUGAUCCGUAACAAGCCGUUGAGUCCAUGAUGGUUUGUGAUCCGGUGAGCCUGCUGUGAGUCGCGCCCCAGCACGGCACGCCGACGAUGGUCGCCGUCUGUCGCCUCCUCGGUGGAGCUUGGUAGCGCCCUGGAGCUUCUCCUGCCAAACAUGCGCGGCCUGCACGGUUUCCCGCCCGUCUUCGUCCUGCCCCUCCUCGUCUUCCCGCUGUGCGGGAUCGUGGUCGAUGGGUCCAAAAUGUCUCCCCGAGGCGCGCACCACCGGCCGCUGACCGACGAGCAGAAGGCCGACCAGAACCUGCAGUUCAUGUUGAGUUUGUACCGCAGCGCGGCGAGACCGGACGGCAGACCUAAACAACACCGAAAGUUCGGUUCCAACACAGUGCGCUUGCUCAGACCCUCCACGUCUUCGGUACACUACCUGCUCGCGUCCACAGACCACCACUACACUUUCAGAGUCCAGUACCACCUCGACACCCUUCCUUCGGAGCAGCUGAUGAGAGCGUCCUUCGUCCACCUUCGCUCUUGGUCUUCCCCUUCUUCCUCCGCCGAGUCUCCAAGCUCAGACCGGGUGGGGGUCGCACCUCGAUGCAGAGCCCAGAUCACUUCACUGGGCAAGGAGAGCCUGGUCACCAUGGAGCCUCACCAGCAGUGGACAGAGACAGACAUCACUGCUCACAUCCUCCGGGGCGAGGAGGGUGGUGGCGGACACUUGAGCCUCACGGCCCAGUACUGGUGCACAGAGCAUGGGCAGAUGGACAAGGAUGGCGGCCUCUCCUGGUGGUGGACUCGCUUUGUUGGGGUAGGGAAAUGGCGACGCGAGCCCCAUGUAGAAGCCCCUUCACUGCUUUUGUACCUGGAAGAGGAGCGUGACGGGAAGGACUGGAUGGGGCAGUUGUUUGGUGCCAAAAGGGGAGAACUCGUGAGACGAUUAGGCCGGUGGCACCCGCAUGUCCGGCACCGCGACCGCCGCUCCUCAGAAACCAAAGAGCCCUCCCUGGAUCUUCUGACCACAUCCACAGCUGCCUCCAUCAUCUCCGACAUCCCAAACUACAAACACAAAGCGAGCACAACCAAGAACCGCUGCAAGUUGCACUCCUUCCGCUUGUCCUUUGACGAGCUGGGUUGGGGACACUACAUUGCGCCGCCAGUCUACAACCCUCGCUUCUGCCAGGGUGACUGCCCCCGCGUGCUCCCCUACGGCUACCACUCUCCAAACCACGCCAUCAUCCAGACGAUCAUCAACGAGCUGGGGGUGGGCGAUGUGCCACCGCCCUCCUGCGUGCCUUACAAGUAUAUGCCCAUGAGCGUGCUGGUGGUGCACAAGAAGAAGGUGGAGUACAAGGAGCUGGAGGACAUGGUGGCUGAGUCGUGCACGUGCCGCUAGAGAGGAAGUUGUGCCCUUUCAUAGUAAAAGCACUUUAAUUGAGGCCCUUGAUGGUCUUGGACUACUGAGCUGGGUCGCCAUCACUUUGCGUUUGGACCAUUUCAACUAAAUAAAUAUUUGUAGCAUGCGAAAAUCCAAAAACCUCAUCCCAUCCAACCAUCCUCAUCUCUCUUGUGCCGUGUUCUUUUCUUCAGUCAUGUUUUUAACAAUCUUUUGCAACAUGUUAAGGCUGAAGUGCUCAGCCACAAGUGUGUUUGUGUUUUGCUACUCUUUUAUUAAAAAAACAAAACACACUUCUCGGCCACACUUGCAGAGGGAUGACACCGCCAAAGAUGAUUUUAAUGUGUCGGAUGUGUAAAAACAAAAAAAAAAAAAACCCACAAAGGCCUUGUGAUGUGUUGUGAUAGUCCAUUUUUUCACUUUGUAACUACAGUAUUUAUAUAGCAAAAGGUGGGGGUGUUCAAACAAAGUGUUCAUGUGUUGUGAAAAGAAUGCAAUUUUUUAU